UAUUCCCAGCAUUCUGCGGGCGGGCCGGCCGGUUGGGACUUCGCUUCUGUCUCUGAUCUGAUGAGCCGCCCUUAGGAUGUGGGUACCGCCAUGUUAGAGGGGCGGAGCGCUUCUUUAAAGAGAUGUUAUCGAGGAAGAAAAGUAAAAACGAAGCGUCCAAACCGCCUGAGGUGCAGGGGAAGUACGUGAAGAAGGAGACGUCUCCACUACUAAGGAAUUUAAUGCCUUCAUUUAUUCGCCAUGGGCCAACCAUUCCAAGGCGGAUUGAUGUUUUAGUGGAGCCAGGAACUUCUGUUUAUCCCUCAAUUGAUCUUGUUUCCCGAAACCAAAGUUUUGUGCGAGGUCCAGUCCAAAGGCCUGCACAUGAAAUUGUUAGACGUGAAAGCAGCAGGCCUUCAGGACCUUCCUACAUCAUGCGUAAUCUAUCUGAAGUUCCUAGAGAAUAUGGUGUCUCGUCACAAUCCUUUCUGGCUGAAAUUAAUUCCUCUGAAAAUGGUGAUGCUGUCCAGCCUUCUACCCGUUACUAUUAUCCUGAACCGUAUUAUGAAGAUGGACAAAGACGACGGCAUGUAGCCGAGCGUUUCUGCGACGACUAUAGAUAUUAUGAUCGCAAUCCUGAUCCUUUUCCACGUUUACCACAGGGGCAAAGCAGACUUCCAGUAGGCAUAGGAAGAGUUCCUUCAACGUCUAUGGGAAACCUAACAAAUCAUGGUACUGACGAAUUGCCUCUUCCUCUUGGUUGGUCAGCGGAUUGGACUAUUCGAGGAAGAAAAUACUAUAUAGACCAUAAUACUAACACAACUCAUUGGAGCCAUCCGCUUGAAAGAGAAGGCUUGCCACCUGGAUGGGAGCGAGUGGAAUCACCUGAAUUUGGUGUUUAUUAUGUAGAUCACAUCAACAAGCGAGCCCAGUAUAGGCACCCUUGUGCUCCCAGUGUUCCACGGUAUGACCAGCCUCCACCUCUUGUUCCUCCUGUUACGUACCAACCACGACAAACUGAGCGAAAUCAGCUGGUUCCUGCAAAUCCAUACCACACUGCAGAAAUUCCAGAUUGGCUGAAGGUCUAUGCCAGAGCUCCAGUAAAAUACGAUCACAUUCUGAAGUGGGAGCUCUUUCAACUAGCAGACUUGGACACUUACCAAGGAUUACUGAAACUGCUGUUCAUGAAGGAAUUGGAAAGGAUUGUGAAGUCAUACGAGGCUUAUAGACAAGCACUUUUGACAGAACUAGAAAAUCGCAAGCAAAGACAACAGUGGUAUGCACAGCAUCAUAGCAAGAAUUUUCCAGCAAAUUUCUGACAGCUUAAGUAUUUGAGCACUAGAAAUUGUUUUACUUCAUAAAACAAUUGUUUCUAAAGCAAACUAUCAUGUUUGCUGAAUUUCUACUGAAGAAAACCUUCAGUUUGAAGGAACUUGCCUCGAAAUUUCAACAUUAUGACCAAUGAGUCAGAACGUGCUGCAGUUUAUUACUGUACAUGUUGGCUGAUCUUUUAUCAAGUUCUCCUGGGCAAUAUGUGCCUUAAUGUAAAGUACAAAUAUUGAUCCAGAAGCAACAAUUUUGCAACAGACAUCAAAGUCUGUUUGUAAAGCUUUAAGCAUGGAUUGUUAGCUUUGUUUCACAAAAUAAGCUAAAGCAUCCAACACUAACUCGGUAGGGAAAACACUAAUGUGUCUGUGUUUACAUACAAAGCCAAACUCAAUGGUUUUCUUGUGAACAUUAUUUUCAAUGUUUGAUAUUGCAAUGGCAUUUUAUAUGCCAACUUAGUCAUAGUCAUGACAAAAGCAUAAUCAAUUUGGCAUUCCAACUGUGCUCCAUUUGUUUUUUUUAUUAUUACUUUGGCACCACAUAUUGCAUUAAUUGAAGACACCUUCAGUUGAGUGCAAUGAGACUUCUUGGGCUUGUUUUGCAAGCAGUUUAUUUAAACUGACCAGUCACCAAGUUAAUUCAGAAUUAUCUGUUAAAUAAAUCAGGGAUACAAUAUUUUGACUCUUAUCUAUAAACUGAAGCAUUUUAUACAAACUAUAAUGUUUUGUACAAUAAGCUGAUUAGCAGGAGUGUAUUUUCAUAGAUGCCAUGCUUUAACUAGAUUGAAAUUUUACAUCGUGGUUCCAGCAAUUCAGUAGUAGACAGAUUGCUAUUUAUUUUUAUUUAGUGCAAUAAUAUGUAUAAACUUAAAUUUCAAUAAACUUUUUAUAAGUUUU